AAAAUUUGUUCGGAUCAUUUUGUCACAGGUAACAAGGCUCAUUUGUACGAAUUCACACAUCCGGAUUGGGCACCGUCCUUGAAAAUGACGUCUGAAAGUAAUGAAAGCAGUGUGAAACUAUCAGAAGAAAACCUUAAAGGUCACCAAAGGUCAGAAAAUCAUCAGGAAAACAAGUAAUGAAUGACUCUGCCAGUGCUGUGACUGAAUUAAGUAGGGACAUUAGUAGUGAAGAUGGUGGUGUAACAGCGGGUUGUUUAUUCGAGGAUUGGGCUGUUCUAAGAUAAAAGUAUCAGAGAGCGAGUAUCUUACAGAAGUUAGAGUUAAAUGCCAGCGACUACUGACGGAAAACGUAGAACUUCAUGCUGAGCUACAAGAAAGGAGCGUCGCAGAGGCAUCAUUUAUUGACCCACAAGUUGGCAGUAGAACGUACAGAACCGGAAGCGAUGGACCGGUUUUACGGAAUACGGACGUGUGUUGCGUGUAACCCCCGUUCACAGAUCCUGCUCUGAGCACUCGGAUCUGCUGUUCUCUCCUCACUGUUUAAACACGAUGAACAGGUUUCAUCAGGUCACUUAUACUGUAGGAAGAUGCUGUAGUUCCUCCUCUGGAUGUUUUCACAGUUUUGCAGCCUGCUUUGCUUUGAUCAUUAGUCAGGAUUUCGGGGAGGUUUUUUGGUGAUUGUCUCGGCUAAAACAGAGUGUGCCUUUUGUGCUUUUUUUUUGUGGAAAACUACUUGAAUUGGCGAAAUCGAAAUCGCAUGGAAUAGUUCUGCACACUUUUUCACAGUGAUAUUUGUUGGUAAAUGAGAGCUUUUCGCUGUACUUAGGGAUGCACCGAAAUUAUUCGACCAAAAAUGGUAAAAAAAAAAAAAAGAGCAUUUUCGGUGUUCGGCCGAAUAAGUGAAAAAGCCGAAUAAAUUUGACCGAACAAUGACGUGUUUGAUGACGCGACCAAAUAGCCUAGCGACCAGAGCGAGACGCACGAAGCUUUAAUUGCAGCAAACAUGUCUGCAGUGUGGAAGCAUUUUACAGUGUCAGAGAAAGAUGGAAGAAUGGCCGUUUGCAGACAGUGUUCUGCUGAACUGUCUAGAGGGGGUACAUCUGGAAAAACGUACAGCACUACGAGCUUAAUUUAUCAUUUAAAAUCAAGGCACCCCGAACAGUAUGCAGAAUACGAGAAAGACACAGGGGCAGCAGCAGCAGCGAAAAGAAAAGUUCCUCCCAGUACACCCACUCCAUCUGUGGCUGACUUCUCAGAAAAGGCUAAAAAGUUUGCCAAGAACAGUGCCAAAGCUAAAGGCAUUACUAAAAUGAUUAUGGAAUUCAUCGCCUUGGAUGAUCAACCAUUCUCGGUUGUAGAGGACGUUGGAUUUCGCAGGCUUAUAGAGUAUAUUGAGCCCCGUUACACCAUGCCUAGUAGACGGUAUUUCUCAGACGUGUGCUUACCUGAGAUGUAUAAUGUCGUUUCAACUCGCGUCCACGGGCUCUUGGCUACAGAUAUUGCAGCCUUCAGCUUCACGACAGAUAUAUGGAGCUCAGAUGUAAGCCCCACCAGUAUGCUGAGUUUAACCGCACAGUGGAUCGACACAGAUUUCAAGCUACAAAAGGUUGUGCUUCACUCACAAGAGUUUAGGGGGUCCCAUACAGCUGAAGCCAUCUCCGAGGCUUUCACCAACAUGUUUGACACUUGGCGUAUUGACCGAUCUAAAGUUCAUGCGGUAGUCAGUGACGACACAAGAAAUAUGGCCAAAGCCAUGGAAGACAGCGAUCUGAAAGGCAUACGGUGCAUGGCACACACGAUUCAACUAGCAGUCAACGAGGGGGUGAUGAGUCAGUGCAGUAUAGCGGAUGUGAUAGCUAUAGGCAGGAAAAUAGUUGGCCACUUUAAGCAUUCUCCGCUUGCCUAUGCGCGCCUACAAUCUAUCCAAGAGCAGUUUGCGAUGCCACCAAAACGUCUCCAACAAGAUGUAAGCACAAGGUGGAGCAGUACAUAUUAUAUGCUGGAAAGCCUUUUUGCACAAAAGCGAGUACUGGCUGCAUACAUAGCAGAUUAUGAUCUGCCCGCGACAUUCACCGCACACCAGUGGGUGUUAAUCCAGAACGUUCUCUCUCUUCUUGCCCCCUUUGAGCAACUAACAAAAGAGAUAAGCUCAUCUGAGGCAUCUGUGGCAGAUGUUAUCCCCUUCCUUGCAGCGCUAAAGCGUCUUCUAAACAAAGAGGCUGAAACAGACCACGGAGUGAAAACAACUAAAAGUGCGCUCUUCGAGGCCGUCAACACACGAUUUAGUCAGGCGGCCUCCGAACCCUUGUACUGCAUCGCGACUGUACUUGACCCACGAUAUAAAGAGCAUUACUUGGAUGUGGGGACGAAGCAGCGCACACGAGAAAUGAUCCAGGCCGAGUUGGAUUUGGGAAAGCCACUUGGUGAUGGAGACGGUCAGGGGACGCACGGCGCAGGAGAUGGGGGAGGCAGCGCAGAGAGAAAAAUGUCCCUCACAGAUGAGCCGCGUACAGCCUCGCUGUCUGACAUGUUCGAUGAGAUCCUCCAAGAGAAUAACACGAAUGCAAGACCGAGGAGAAGCUCAACCGCUCAACAGUUAGAUGAUUACCUCUCAGAAGUCCCCAUCCCCAGGAGCAGUAACCCUCUGGAAUAUUGGAGGACCAAUCAAGGUCGCUUUCCCGACCUGGCACAGACGGCACGCAGGUACUUGUCUGCUCCAUGCACAAGCACUGACAGCGAGAGACUGUUUAGCGCUGCAUCUCAUGUCCUCGACGAGAAGAGUAACCGACUUGAAUGUGGGAAAGCAGAGAAGCUACUUUUCAUAAAGAAGAACCUGACACUUUUCCUAAAGAAGUUGAAUGUGAAGAGCACGGAGACAGGAAGCUCCGCACCAACCUGUGAUCAGACUGUUUCUCUACAGAAAGUGACCCGGGGCGAUAGUAAAGAUGCCUCGGUUAGUCGAGGAGCUCGUGUUCUCAGAGUGGCUGAAGAGCCUGAACCUCAGAUGUUCUCCACGGUAGAUGUGAAGCGGCGGACGAUGGGCUCUGGAAUACAGUGUCCCUACUGCCGCUAUAGAUGCGGCUCUAAGUUCUCGUUCCAGAUCCACGUCGGCUCGCAGCACCCUCUCCACUGUGAGGACGUGUCUGUGGGCCGGUUGGGUAAAGUCGUUUUCUACCAGCGCACGGCCAAACUCUUCCACUGCCACAUCUGCUUCUACACAUCCAAGGACUACGCAGUGCUGUUCGAGCACCUGCUGGCGAGGCACUGCUUCAGUGUGAGGAAAGCUGUGCAGACGGAUAAAGGCAAUGAAGUGACGGAUAAGGACGACACCGAGGUCCGGGUGCAGGACAGGAGUCCUAAUCCUGAGAUAAAACCUGACAAUGACAACACUACAGAACAACACGACCAUGAAACCUCCAACGCGGACUCUCUGAAGAGAAAGCGAAGCUCUGGGUCUCGUGGUGAAGACGGGGACGAAGACACGAACGUGCCAGACAUUCAAGCAGCUAAUGAGGAGCAAACGUCUGCUGUCGAGCAGUUCUCGGAGUGCUCGAUUGCCCCGUAUUACGACUGCAAGUUCUGCAAACAGCGCUGUAAGAGUAAAGACUCGUUACUGCGCCACAUCAGCUGCAAACAUGACAUCCCUAAACCACACGCUUGUAAAGAGUGCAGUGACACCUUCAUGCUGGAGAGUCUCCUGUCACACCACGUCAACCUGCACCACAGACAGAAACUCUACCAAUGUCCUUACUGUCUGUUUGAGUCCAGUCUCCAAGGCCUCCAUCAGCACCUCAGCCAGUGCAGAGCGGUGGAGAGGAACGAGGACAAAGGAGACGUGGGAACUGAAGAAAAGGAAUGAGUGGAUCAAGUGGAUGAGUAGUUUUGUCCUUAUGGGCAUGUAAGAGCCGUUACUAUUGUCCCCUGUGGGCGUGGCUGAUGAGAACAAUAGUAGCUACAUAUAGCUUCUAGAGCUAAUUUAAGUCCAGAUGAAAUGACGUGUUAAUCAGUGUGAAAAUUGUUUGCAGGAUUUAUGUGCUCCGCUUCAUUCUCGGAUUAUGUAUAUACACAAUUCAUAAGAGCUCAUCUAGCACAGGUUGAGGUGAAACCACGCUUAAAAGUUUUUCAGACAUUUUUUCAUCAACAGUAAAUGGGAACUGAAGGAACAUCGGACCACACGCAGUGUUUGGAUUUGUCAGUUUUUUUUAAAAAUUAUUUUACAGUAUUAUACUUAAUUUGAAUAGAUUUCAGGAAAAUCUCACUUCAGGAAUGUUAAUGACUGUGUGUGUGAAAGAGAGAGGAACUGGAUCUCUCCAUCUUAUUAUCAGAAAUGAUACUCUUGUGUUUCAGAUCCUUUGUGUAAAGCUGACUUGGUGACAGUGUAAUUCAGUGUUUGAGGUGUCGGUGGUGUUCGAACACAUUAUGUGACAUAAAACAUGGAAUAUUUCAUAUCCA